AAUCAAACAUCAAAAUAAUCAGAACUUCAGUAACCAAACUUCACUGCUUCACUUGCUUACUCAUCAUCAAAUAUGCAGACUCUACUCCUGCCGGCCGUUCACUCCUCGGCGGCAACGGCAGCAACUAUAUCUCCGGCGCCACCCCUCCUCUACUACCGCAACCGCCUAACAACUAACAGACAAUCACUAUAUCCUCCAAAUUACUCAUUAAACUCGACAAAACCAAUCACAUUCCCUUCAUUAUCUUAUGACCCGUUUAAAGCUCAAAGCUUUAAUAAUCCUCCAUUCACUAAAAUCAACGCUUCUUCUUCUCCAGUCUCUCCCUCUGUCACACCUCCAAACGACGACGUAGAGAAAUCAAAACUCGCUCAGGUAGCGAAGAGAUUGGAGAGUACAGCGAGGUAUUUUAAGAGAUUAGGGAGUUUAGGAUUUUGGGGGCAGUUGGUAUGCACAGUGGUAGCUGCUGUUAUUUUAUCAUUUUCAAUUGUAAUUACUGGAAAGAUAUCAUCUCCUGCUACUUUUUAUUCAACUGCUGCUGGUAUUGCUGCUGCUUUUAUUUCUGUAUUUUGGUCUUUUGGUUAUAUUCGGCUCUCUGAUAAGCUCAAGAAAACUGCUAACGACCCUUCUAAGGCUCCUCCACGAGCUGAUGUUGUGAGAGGCUUGAAAAAUGGCAUAGUAGUGAAUCUGUUGGGAAUGGGUGCUGCUAUUCUUGGCAUGCAAGCGACGGUAGGAUUGUUGGUUGCAAAGGCUUUAACUUCCUCUGCAAAUCCUUAUUACCAGGGAAUCUCUCCUGGUUACAGUCCUGUUCUUGCAUUGGAUGUAUUCUUGGUGCAGGCAUCAGCGAACACUAUCCUUUCUCAUUUUCUUGGGCUUGUUUUCUCUUUGGAGCUGUUACGCUCAGUGACACUGCCAGCUGCUGAAGGCAUUCCAGUCCCAAGAGUUGCUUAGACUUUCUCUCUUGUACCAAGUGUCAGGUGAAAACAUGAUUUUGAAACCUUCUGUUUAAGGUUGUUAUAAGCUUCAAUAGAGUGUGCAUUUCUAGUCUAAAAGCUUUGUAAAGCAUCAUUACCAGUGAAAUUUGAUUGAUUCCAAAAAUCUGAACUGAUCUCCUGGUGGAUUAUUUAGAGUUUUCCAAGCAUGACCUUUGAGAGACGAUGUCCAAUAAUAUUAGUAAUAUCAAGCUUGUUUAUAUAGCCA